UGAGCUUCCAGUGGGUUGCCAGCUGGGAGUUAACUGACAACUUUUAAACAUCACAGAAAUAAAAACUCAGGAAACCUCAACUGAGAACUGAGCUUGAAAACGCACCCACCUUAAGGUGUGGCCACUCACCUAAGGAAAUCAGCAACCUUCAGCCUCAGUGUCUCCUGAGAAAUGGGUUAGUUCUGGUUGUAGGACCAUACUGAAGAUACAUCACUGAUAAUAGUGGCCCAUAAAGAGAGUUUUUAAUUCACCACAAUUAACCAUAACACUAUAAUUAUAUUUAGUGCAUCUUUUAAAUGCAUACUUAAUUUUCUGUACAGCCUCCUACCUAAACCUAUCAACGCAAUACAAAGUCUCCUUUGUGUUUUCACAAAUAAGAAAGUUUCACAGGAAACUUUUCUGGCUGCUCUUCCAAGGCUGGGGGUUCCUGCCUGCCUCCUCCACGGUCUAUCGGGUUACACAGCCCGGAUAGAAUUAGCUCGGGCAACUCGGACAGCUGGCGUCGGGUUAUGUCGGAGCGCCGCGGAGGAGCUCCGAUGUGUUUCUGGUUGAUCUUCGUCUCCCUCUUGGACAGCGACGGAACAGCAGUGCUGGUCAUCGUUUACAAGGUCCUGACGAUGCCGGCCUCCAACCAGGGCUGGCCGGAGGAGUUCGGUUUCCGACUGGGGGGCAACGGGCCGAGCUACAUCCUGUCGGUGGAGGAGGGCAGCAGCGCCCAUGUGGCCGGCCUGCAAGCGGGGGACCAGGUGCUGGAGAUCGAGGGCCAGAACGUGUCCUCGCUGGGCACGCAGGCGCUCAUCGCCCUGGCGCAGAAGCAGAAGAAUGUGCCGCCCAGCAUCGGAGUGGUGUCCCGCAUUCAACAGAUGGACAUCGCCCCUGGUCCUGAUGGCCGCUUCGGCUUCACGAUCGUGGGAGACUGCCCCCUGCUGGUGGAGGACUGCCUCCCUAACUCGCCGGCGGGGAGGAGCGGGCUGCGGGCGGGGGACUACGUGCUGGAAGUGAACGGGAUCCCGGUGAAGCAGCACGAGAUGGCGGCGGCCAUGAUCAAGACGUCCCAGGGCCGCACGCUGCGUCUGGGCGUGCUCUGCCUGGGCCGCCGGCAGAAGCGGGCCAGCAGCAGUCUCAGGGACUCCCAGCAGGGCGGCGACAGUGUGCGACAGGACCGCAAGCACAAAGCCCUGGAGUUCAACAGGAAGAUCGAGGAGGUGCUGGGAGACCAGCCGGAGGUGAAGGAGAAGCUGUUUGCGGUGCUGAAGCAGUACGCCGCCGAGAGGAAGGUGGAGUGUCUGGCCACCGCCCUCCCCAGCAUCCUGACAGAGGAGACGCAUCACCAGCUCAUCGACAACAUCAGGAUCUUCAUCCCCAAGAAGCACCGGCAGCGCUUCGACGAGGUGGUGUCCCAGAGCCUGAUCAGCCGCCUGCGCCGGGGGAAGAGCCUGACGGAGACCGCCCAGGGCCGCCUGCGCCGCAGCCGCAGCGAGGACCACCACGAGAGGCUGCUGGUGUCCACCCGGGCCAGCUCCGUGCCGCGGGCCGGGGAGGACAGCUCGGCGCCCAGGGGCCUGAGGAAGAGCACCUCCCUGGUUGCCGGGCACUCCAGCGCCGGCGGCAACCGUAGACUCAUGCGGCCCACCCUCUUCCUAGAGCCUGCCUUGCUCCUGUUGCGAUUUGCUCAUGGAAGAAAAGAAGCACAGCGGAUUUUCCAUUCGACCUGCAAGCUUCCUGUUCUUUCCGAUGUCAUCUUUUCUAAACUUCCCCCGUCUCUAUUUUCACUAGGGAGCCCAGCAGAGAAGUCCGGCCUCAAGCCCGGAGACCGCAUACUGUUUCUCAAUGGCCUGGACAUGAGGAGCUGCUCCCAUGAGAAAGUGGUAUCCAUGCUGCAAGGCAGUGGUGCCAUGCCCACACUGGUGGUAGAAGACGGGCCCACAAACUUCACACUGGAGCCGGAGCCGGACAGCUCCCCGCCCCGCUCUCGCUCGCCGGUGCUGAGCUCCUUGCAGUGGGUGGCUGAGAUCCUCCCGCCCAGCAUCAAGGUGCAUGGCCGCACCUUCAGCCAGCAGCUGGAGCAUCUGCUCACCCACCAGGAGCGCUACACUAUCUGCAAGGCCCUGGAGACCUUCUUCCAGCACAGGAAUGUGGACACUCUGAUCGUGGACGUGUUCCCAGUACUGGACACUCCAGCCAAGCAGGUGAUCUGGCAGUUCAUCUACCAGCUGUUGACCUAUGAGGAGCAGGAGCACUGCCAGCACAAGAUCGCCCGCUUCCUGGGAUACAAGACCAUCGCAGUGCCGGCGGCGGCGGCGACGACGGAGCCCGAGCCGGCCCCCGACACUCACCGGCGCAGCAGCUCCAUGAGAGUCACCUCCACCACCUACCGCAGUAGCGUCCGCGGGAGGAGUUCCGACGACUGCAUCCUAGGGGCUCACAGUGACCCAGGGGACGGAAUGAGACUCACCCCAGGAGAGAGACAAUCUGGAGAUGGAACGUCCCUUCCAGAGACCCCAAAUCUCAAAAACAUGUCUGCUGUGUACGCAGAGUUAGAGAGCACUUACUCUACAAAGGGCCUCAAACCCCUGCCCAAUCGCCUGUCCCCAGGGCCGGACAACCUGGCUGAAACCAGCCCAGCGCUGCAGCACUCGUCCUCUGCACAGCCCAGCACAGGUACAGGCACAGCGCCGCCGUUUUCGCCACCCACGGGUAUGAGCUUUCAGGACGAGCAGGAAGUCGGGUUCCUGCCACAUGAGCUGAGCAGCGCCAGUGAGUACCACAGCAGCAGCGAGGACGGCAGUUCCCUCACCUACUCCUCCGGCUCCGAACACAUCCCGCCCCCCCCGCAGAGCCCCCCACCGCCGCCGCCCAUACAGUUCAAUGACCCCCUGCCCAUCUCCCUCACCCCUGACAUCAACAGGAGCCACAUGCACCUCCCACACCACCCCCCGCCACCACCCCCGCGAGCCAACCUGCCCUCACGGUUCUCCGUGCACAAGGCGCACCCUCCCAGCCAGGAUGUGCAGAAUCACCAGCCGCACCAGAGUCCUCAUCAGCUUCACCAGAGUCCUCAUCAGCCUCAUCAGAGUCCUCAUCGGUCUCAUCAGAGCCAUCACCAGCUUCAGCAGAGCGCUCAUCAGGCUCAUCAGAGUCCUCAUCAGAGCCAUCACCAGCUUCAGCAGAGCCCUCAUCAAGCUCACCAGAGCCCUCACCAGCUUCACCAGAGCCCUCACCAGCUUCACCAGAGCCCUCACCAGCUUCACCAGAGCUCUCACCAGCUUCACCAGGGCCCUCAUCAGCCUCACCAGAGCUCUCAUCAGCCCCACCAAAUUCAUCAGGCCCCUCAGACUCACCAGCCUCACCAAACUCACCAGACCCCAGAGCCCAGCCAACCUCACCAAGCCCAUCCUGCACACCAGCCCCAUCAUCCUGCUGCUCCCUCCCACCACCCCGGCCAGUCUCACAAAGUGCCCCCGCCUCCCCCACCUCCACCCCCUCCCCCACCCUGCGUGCCUCCUCCUCUGCCCCGGCCCAUGCACCUCCGGUCGGACUCCAGCCACAUGAGUGUGAAGCGUCUGCGCUGGGAGCAGGUGGAGAACUUUGAAGGCACCAUCUGGGGCCAGCUUGGAGAGGACUCCGAUUACGACAAGCUGAGUGACAUGGUGAAGUAUCUGGACCUUGAGCUGCACUUCGGAACGCAGAAGAACACAAAUCCCACCCUCCUGCCCGAGUCCUUUAAAAAGAAGGACGUGGUGGAGAUUCUCUCUCGCAAAAAGGCCUACAACACGUCCAUCCUGAUCGCCCACCUGAAGCUGUCCCCCGCUGAGCUGCGCCAGGUCCUGAUGACCAUGAGCAACGAGCGCCUGGAGCCCUCCCACAUCAAGCAGCUCCUGCUCUACGCCCCCGACGAGGAGGAGGUCAAGCAGUUCCAGCAGUACAGCCAGGACCCCGCCAAGCUCAGCGAACCCGACCAGUUCGUCCUGCAGAUGCUGUCCGUCCCUGAGUACAAGACCAGGCUGCGGAGCCUGCACUUCAAGACCACUCUUCAGGAGAAGACGGAGGAGAUGAAAGCCGGGUACGAAUGCAUCUACAAGGCCUCCCUGGAGCUCAAGAGCAGCAAGAAACUUGCCAAGAUCCUGGAGUUUGUGCUGGCGAUGGGGAAUUAUUUGAACAACGGCCAGCCCAAGACUGGUAAAACCACUGGGUUUAAAAUCAACUUUCUCACUGAGCUCAGCACCACGAAAACGGUGGACGGGAAGUCCACGUUCCUUCACAUCCUUGCCAAGUCCCUAGGCCAGCACUUUCCGGAGCUUCUGGGCUUUGCCAAGGACCUCCCCACAGUGUCCCUCGCUGCCAAAGUCAAUCAAAGGACGAUCACAACUGACCUUAAUGACCUACACGCAACCAUACAGGACAUCCGGAUAGCCUGCCAGAAGAUGCCUGCUACUGCUGAGGACAGGUUUGCAGCUGUGAUGAGUGGGUUUCUGGAAAACACACACCCCGCGGUCCAGUCACUAGAGUCCCUGCAGCAACGGGCGAUGGAUGAGUUCACCAAGGUGGCGUCCUUCUUCGGCGAAGACAGCAAGGCCACCACCACCGAGGCCUUCUUCGGCAUCUUCGCCGAGUUCAUCUCCAAGUUCGAGAGAGCUUUCAGCGAGACGCAGGCGACCGAGAACCCAAGAAGUCCGCGUGUGGCUUCCCCGUUGGCCUGGUGAGAGGGAGGGGGCACCUCUGCCACUCAUCCACACAUGGUGCCAAAAGGAGUGCAGGCUGUUCAGAGAAAGCCACAAAGGAACUGUUUUUUUUGCCCUGAAGCAAAAACAAAAAAAAGACUGCAGAAAUGCGAAAAAAUGGAAAUCUCGGAACCAGCUUGCCAAUUUCCAACAAAAAAAGGAUAUUUACAAGAUACAGUAUACAUGUUUUAUAUUUAAUUCUGUGCUGGCAAGUAGGUUACUUAGCAGGAAGUGUACAUAAGCUGUCAUUGCUACUGCAGAAGUGUUUAUACAGCGCGUUGGGCAACAUUCACCCUCCUGGGACGAAUCUUAAAGGUAAUGCUUUGCUUUUGAGCUGUAGAAUUGAACACCCUAACAAUAACCACAGACCACUUCAUGUGUACCGAGCCAUUCCUGUCUUACAUCCGACUCCCACAUUUUUCAGGUUGAACUGAUUUGCAUUUCUGACCAAACUUAAGUUUCGAUUUACAGCAUUUUCCCACGUAAAUCUCCCAUUCCUGCAGCGAGCUAGUCUUUUAUUGUAAAUACUGUGUAUAUACUCCUGUCACUGUAUUUUUCAACUUGACUAAACUAUAAUAUUUUGUGCAUACAGGAUUAAUCCAAAGGCUAAAAACUAUAUCCACUAGCUGGUAGAAUACUGUCAAGAAAAUGUCACCAGAAUCUCCUUUUCCAGUGAAAGUGAGCAUUGUUUCGAAGCAAAGCAGAUGAGCUCUACUAUUUUUCUGUCUUUGAAAUUAUACAAGUGGGGCGCUUUGUACAAAUCUGGGCUGAGAGCCUGUCAGUAGACUUCAUUACUAAUCUGACACUUUACAAACUGCACAUACCGUCAGAUUCCUGUAAAUCAUCGCAAAGGCGAUGAAAUCAAAAUACCCAUUCUCACUUUGUGAAAGGGCUGUUUUUUUGUGUGGGAUUUGUGAGUGCUCACAGUUCCCACCCUUUCAGGCCAGUCUGCUGAAGGUAAUGUGCAAUUGAUUUAUUCAGAGAUUUAACUAAGAAUAAGGAUCAAACUCCUUACCCGGUCCUGAACUACGUACAACCUUCCACUUGUAUAGUUUAAAUAUUUUAAAAUAAUCCACUUACCUGUACAGUCCAAGGAAAUCUUUAAGUCUCUCUUAGUCUAUAAUUUCUGUGAAAAUAGCUAAAAGAAAAUCUUGUCAACUGCUACACUGGUUGACAAAUUUUAUUAAUGCUCUAACUUAGUAAAUGUAAAUCAGUAGAGGCACUUCUAAUGAUCUGAGUGAGGAAACCGACAGCAAGGCUAUGGCACUGUAUGUGAUGUACUGUAUAUGAUUUUGGGACUUGUUUCUUUGACUGGUUGAACCUGUCCUCGUUCACUUUGCCACGUGAAUCAUGAGGGUAACGUUCAGCUUUGCGGUGCUGUCUGAUGUGCUGUGUCUUCCCCACUUCCUGUGGGGAUACUUGGGUAAAACGAAAUUGGUUGUCCAUAGCCGAAUGAGGAGACCACCUAUCUUCAAUGAUGAUGCACUGAGCUGGCUGACAGAUAAGUAUUUAACAGAAAUGACCAACUUUUCCUCAUGCUGUGUAGUUUUUAGCUCCUCAAUUUGUGUAAUGUCCCUUGCUUCCUAACAUCAGGCAUCUGUUUCUGUGCAAUGAAUUUUUUAUUGAUACGUUUGUAUCUUUGGUUGCCAGUACAUUUUCAGUCCUCUGUGCUUCCUCUUAAAGGCUAAUUUUCACCAAAUAGGAGACAGGGGGGCUGUCCCCCUGCCCCCCCCAUCCCAGGUGGACUGGGGUCACAGCUUGUCUGGAGUGGUGGGAGGGGGUGUGGUGGCCGCCCGCUCACACUGCAGAGAGGAAACGAGACGCUCUGGUGUGCAAACCAGGCUGUGGUCAUUUCUGAAACUGAGUGCAGAUUCAUCUGUCCACAUACAUUGUGCUUCAGGGGCAAUCCUCAGUCCUGAUGACCAACAGGAUGAUAAACAACUCACUCUUGUAACUGACAUUUGUGAUUCAGAAGGCGUACCUAACAAAAUAUGCCGUGUAUUGUCCUGUAUGUGUCAAUGUUUAUUCUCAAACAUCUUUGGCAGUCUUACUCAGCUGUUGGUAAUUAGAGGCAUAAAGGGCAUCAAAAGUAUUCCAUGAAGACAAUACUGUUUGUUGUUUCUUUGGUUUUGAAAAGGUGUUCUUACAGAUUUUUGUGUGUGGUUUACCUAGGACAAAAGUACUCUGAGAAAGACUUUGAUAUUCGAGGUCUAUUAUUAUUAUGAUUUCUCUGGCCCUCUAGUGAUUCUCUCAGUUCUCUGUUGGCCGUAGGACAUAAUGUCGUUUAAUUAAGGAUUACAAGUUCAUUCUGAUCAACAGAGUGUGCAUAGCAGUCAUUUCUGUUGAACGCAUUUCUAAAAAGUUCGUUUGAAUUACAUUUUGUGUGAUUGUUCAGCUUGUUGGCAGAAUCUGACUGACAACAAUGAAGUAAGCUUGAGGUAUCAUCACUCCUUCUUUAGACAGACUAACUUCUAAACUUCAGCUUGUUGAAAUUGGUCUGGAUAUUCGUUAUAUAUGUUCUGCCAGAGACAUUGGUUUAUAAUGCUCUUCACAAAGAGACAUUAAAACCACAGUAUUCAGACUUGCAUAUGACAACUGAUGUAUUUGGCACCCUUCCUCGGUUUUGGGUGAUUAUAGAAUCAUAUUGAUAAUAUCCAGAAAAUCCUAAAUAAACCAUUAGACAACCGCGGAACUGUUUUUCUGUGUUACAAAAACAGAACUAGGCUCUGAUGGGAGAUGACCUAGAAUGUUCUAAUCUAAUACAAUCUAAUGUAUUAGAAUCCUAAUACAUUUCCACUCUGAAUAGAAUUAUAUUAGAGCGUUUGUACCACACUUCAGUAUACUUGCAGUGCAGAUCUGGCAUCAAGCCUCAACAGACUGGCGGUUAUGUUUCCAGAGCUGUUGUUUAGGGAACCUCAGUGACAUGACCCAUUCUCACCUAAAUCCCAGUGUUGACAACAUUAUUAGUCGGAAUUACUUCGGUUUUCCCGUGACAUUUCCGUGCCAGGACCAAAAUACAAGCCCAUUUCAUUUCGCUGUUCGAGAGCUUCGCCAUUUUUUUGCUACUACUAAUCGCUACUAAUGCAGAAGCAUUAGAGGGCAAGAGAACAUCAGUUCACAUUGCUGUUGCCACAUACAGUACGCAGUAUUAGAACUAUAAAGUAUUUAUUAGCGACAUAAAAUGUGCUUGCAUGUAUAACACAUUAGGCAUGUAGAGUAUUAUUAUUAAUAUUAUUACAGCCAGUAAUAUAAUUUCUUCCUUGAAUUAUGUUUAAUUCUGCAAUUAUUUGUUUUUUUAUUUAUUUAUUUUUGUCUUCCCUUCUUUUAGUUAAGCAGAAUUCCUGUUUUUACUGUAUAAAGCUCAGUAUUGACUUGUGUGUUACAGUAGGUGUGGGUCUUGGUACGGCUUAUGGCUACGCCGAAGAGUCGCAGUUUUGUAUUGUGUACAGCGAUGUCGACAGCAAACGCUGGCCAAUAAAAACCUAUAUGACGCGUAAACGUU